AUGGCCUGCAGUAGUCAAGCUCAGGCCUGCCCAGAGAUCCAGAGACCAGGAGCACAGGCUGCAGACCAGCAGCCUGUCACCUGCCAAAGACUUCACUGCAUGCGGGCACUUUCUGGUAGCAGGCUGGGCACCCUGCCUGAGGUACAGAGCAGAAAGCCUGCUGAAGAGGGGGACGGGGAGACAGUGCAGUCCUGGUGUCCAGAGGCUUCAGCUUGGGCCCUCUCCCCUACCAGAGAGGAGACCAUCACCACCGCGGUGAAGAGUCCCUCUGGCCCACGAUGGUCCCCCAGCAAGUCCCCCUCCCGCUUGCCUUCCCGCCGCUCCACCAGCCCACAGAGGCCAGUUCUGUUGGCCCCUGACCUGCUGUUCCUGCUGGGGUCCAGGCAACCUCACAGGCAUGAGACAGAGCCAGGCUAAAAGCCCACUGUGCCCACACUGUAUGUGACAGAGGCUGAGGCCCCCUCCGGAGCCAUGCCAGGUGGCACAAGGCCCCAGCCCAAGUGGGUGGAGGUUGAGGAGACUGUUGAAGUCCAAGUGAAAAAGUCGGGUCCUCGGGCUGUGUCUCCCACCAGGGAGGUACCCAGAUGCAUGGGGGCACUGCUAUUCACACUGCCUAGUGGGACACCAGGUGGGGACCCCAAUGCCAACAACUCCAACAACAAGCAGCUGGAUCAGGAGCCCCAUGCCCAGGGUCCAGCUGUGGUCCACAUUGGGGAACCCCUCGUCUUCCAUGUGGAUGCUGGGGGCAGUGUGGACUGGGCUGCUUCUGGAGCAGUCAGCCCAGAGCCAGAGGAGACUGGGGCUUUUCUCAGGGACAGCAGCAUGGAGUGGGCAGGAGGAGAGGGUGAUGGGGAGAGCCCUUUCGUGGUGGAGGAGCCACAGGACACGGAUGGCCUUUGCAGCCGUGACCCCAAGAUCCUCACACACAAUGGUCGUGUGCUGACCCUGGCUGACCUGGAAGAUUACGUGCCCCAGGCAGGGGAGACCUUUUGCUGCCAUAGCUCAGCAAGCAGCAUCUCCAACGAUAUGCCCUGUGAGGUCUCCAUGCUCCAGAGAGAGAUCAGUGAGCCCACUGUGGGGCAGCCCAUCCUGCUCAACGUGGGGCACCCACCCAGAUGUGGUCCACCUGACUUCUUCAGGACGGGAUCCCAGGUCCACAGCUCUGAGGACCUGUCCUUCCACGUGCGAGGGGCCCGAGCUGGACCUGUGGGCAGUUCUCCUUGGACCUCCUCCUGUACCCGGGUCCAGCACUCUACAGACGGCAGGCAGAGCAGCUUCAAGACGAAGGUUUCCACCCAGAUGGUCAGCUUGGGGACUGUGGGAGAGACUGUCACUCUGCAUAUUCGCCCAGAUGGAGAUGAGGCCCCUGGCCCCUCCCAGGGCUGAGGCCACAUACCCUGGCAAGACAAGGAGGCCAGGGCAUGCUUACUGUGCCAUCCUUGCAGCAUGGGGCCUGCACCCUGCUGGGCAGCAGCACCUUCUCAGGAACCCCAGCUCACCUCAGUCGCCUGUGCUCAAUGCGCUGCUCUUCUGAGCUCGGGGAUCAGCCUGCCAUGCCCUCUGUCCUGGGCCCUUCCUACCUCACUGGACUUUGGUCUUCAACAAAGAGGACCACAGUGCCUACAAUGCUGGA